UUAUAGGUUAAAUUAUGGUUACCUGUAAAAGAUAACCUCAAAAAAUUACGCGGGAAAUAUCCAAAUUAGAAUCGUCAACAAUGAGUGAAUGUGAGAGAUUAGUUCCUCCGGAAAAUUUUGAUUUUCCAUUUCCACCGUAUAAAAUCCAAAAUGAUUUUAUGAAAAACCUUUACGAAAUACUCGAAGCGAAGAAUCUAGGUAUUUUCGAAAGUCCAACUGGUACUGGGAAAUCUCUGAGUAUAAUUUGUGGUGCUAUAAAAUGGUUAAAAGAUCACAAUGUUAGAGAACGUGAAGAUUUAAGUAAUCAAAUUGCUGAAUUAGAAGAAAAAAAGAAAGUUUUGGAUAACGAUGAAGAUUGGUUUAAUGCUCAAUCUAAAGGGAUUGAAAUAAAUAAUAAAUUGAGGGAGUUGCAGUUAAAGCAAAGUAAAAUAUUGGAGUAUGAUGAAAAAAUUAAUAAAUUAUUUGUUGAAAGUAAGAAGAAAAAUUUUAAAAAUUCGCUCAAAAAAUACUCAAAUAAUCCAAAUAUUGAUAAAAAAGAAAUAGAUGAUUUAAAUGAUUAUCAAUUUGAUGAGGAUGAUUUAUUAAUAAACGAUGUUAAUCAUGAUAAUUCCUCUUCAGAUGAAGAAGAAAACCAAUCUAAUCUGUAUCACCCAACAAAGAUUUUUAUUUGUAGUAGAACUCAUUCUCAAUUAACUCAAUUUGUUGGUGAAAUCAUUAAAUCACCAUUUGGGGAAAAUGUAAGAGUAACAUCAUUGGGUUCACGACAAAAUUUUUGUAUAAACCCCAAUGUAAAUCGAUUAAAAAACUUGGCUCUUAUAAAUGAUAAAUGUCUAGACAUGCAAAAAAACGAGAAAAAGUCAAACAAAAAAGAUAAUGAUGGAAAGGUAAUUAAACGAACAAAAACUAUAAGUAGUGCAAAAUGUGAAUUUUUUAAACAAACAAAUGUGGAGAAUUUAAAGGAUUUAUCUUUAACUCAUGUUUUGGAUAUUGAAGAUUUGGUGGUUAAUGGAAAAGAAUUAAAAGCUUGUCCUUAUUACGCCUGUAGAAAAGCUGCGGAUGACGCAGAAAUUGUUUUAGUGCCUUAUAACAGUAUUUUACAUAAAGCGACUCGAGAGGCUAAUGGAAUUAAAAUUAAAGAUAGCGUUAUUAUUAUUGAUGAGGCUCAUAAUUUAUUGGAAGCAAUGGUACAAAUGUAUAGCGCAGAAAUUAGUUAUUUGCAACUUUUUUAUUGCGAAAAACAAUUAAAAGGAUAUAAAAAUAGAUAUAAUACAAGAUUUUCCUACAAAAACUUACUAAGGAUUAAUCAAAUUUUGUUUGUUAUAAAAAAUUUGAAGGGAUUAUUUGAAAAAAACGAAUCUGAAAUAAAAUCUCAAAUAUUUACUGUGGAAAGUUUUGUUUUAAAAGCGGAAAUUGAUAACUAUAAUAUGUUUCAAUUGGUUACUUUCUCCAAAGAAUCAAGACUCCCACAAAAGCUACGCGGUUUUACAAUUAAACACCCAGAAACCAACGAAAUAAGCGAAACUCAACCCAAAAAAGGUAUAAAACAAUUCUUGGAGUCUUUAGAAAAUAAACCAACCCCAAUUAAUCCAUCUACAAACAAACCAACCUCAAAUAAACAACCAGAACCCACUAAAACCACACCACCUGUUCCUUCAAACCCUUUAUUAGCCAUAAUAUCAUUUAUGGAGGCUUUAACUUACACUUACGACGAUGGAAGAAUUUUAUUACACACUUCUAAAGAGAAAGAAUCCGGAAAAUUACAGUUUAUGGUUUUAAAUCCGACGGAACAUUUUAAAGAAAUCGUUCGAGAUGCUCGAUCUGUUGUUGUAGCUGGUGGAACUAUGAAACCGAUCGAAGAGUUCCGCGAGAGAUUGUUUAAAAAUUCAGGAGCGGAAGAAAAUAGAAUUGUUGAGUUUUGUUGCGAUCAUAUUGUUAAUAAAGAAAAUAUCCUCCCUGUUAUUUUAACGAAAGGCAAUCAGAAUGAAAGUUUGAGGUUUAAUUUUGAGAAUAGAUUUUCAAUGGGGCAAGUUUUAAAAGAAAUUCUUUUAAAAGCUUGCAAAACCAUCCCUGGCGGAAUCGUCGUUUUCUUCCCAUCUUACAAAUACGAAUCUUGGGUUUGGAACCAAUUAAAACAAGUAUCUUUCGAAAGAGCAGUAUUCAGGGAGCCUCAACAAUCCUCAAAAGUCGAAUCAGUUUUGGAAAAUUACUCAAAAACAAUUCAAAAAACGAAAAAAGCUCUUCUUUUUAGCGUCGUCGGAGGAAAAUUAAGUGAAGGAUUAAACUUUAGCGACGAUUUAGGACGUUGCGUUAUCGUUGUUGGAAUGCCGUACGCUAAUAUCAAAGCGAUUGAUUUGAAGGAAAAAAUGAAUUAUUUAAACGAAAAAGAAGGAAAUAACGCCGGGCAAAAAUAUUACGAAAGUUUGUGUAUGAAAGCUGUUAAUCAAUGCAUAGGGAGAGCUGUGAGACACAAAAAUGAUUAUGCAACCGUUAUUUUGGUCGAUGAGCGUUAUGAUAGGAAUUCUACAAAAGAUUCGUUACCUAAUUGGAUUAAACGUUCCUUAAUUUCGUGCGAUUUUAAGGAUUGUUUUGAAAAAAUUGAAGAGUUUUUUGAAAAAAGGGAUUAAGUUAAGAUUAUUUUUAAAUUAUUUAAUAAAUUAUUUCGAUAUAGAUUAUCCUUAAUAACUUGUUUAGAUAGAAUCUGGAACCCAACCCAACUUUCUUACCCU